UUUUGCGCAUGCGUGUUUGUAUGUGAGUUGUCUUCAUAUAUUUUAGUUUCACGCUUCUUUCCAGGAAUUACAAAUUUGAAUUUUAAAUUCUAAAUUGUGUGCGUUUCUAUAUAUUUUUACUCAACGACUUGGGAAGACGUGGGUUUUGUCGCGCAUUCUAUUUUUGCUUCAGUGAAUUACUUGGAUUUGAAUUGGUGGAAGGGGACGAGAGAACCCACCGGGCGGCGGAGAAGUCGAAGGCAGAAUGAUUUUUUUUAAAAGGUGGACAAGAUUACACUAGAAAAAAUGGUUUAAAGAGGCUGUGCUGUCUGCGAAGACUUUUGGUGGCGGGGAAUGUUACGGUGGACAGUACAUCUAGAAGGAGGGCCACGGAGGGUGAACCAUGCUGCUGUUUCUGUGGGACACAAAGUCUACUCCUUUGGGGGCUACUGUUCAGGAGAGGACUAUGAAACUCUACGGCAGAUUGAUGUUCAUGUAUUUAAUGCAGUUUCUCUUCGUUGGACAAAGCUACCUCCAGUGCGAACUAGUGGAAGGGAACAUGCCAGAGAAGUGCCCUACAUGAGAUAUGGGCACACAGCUGUGCUUGUUGAUGAUACAAUCUAUGUGUGGGGGGGUAGAAAUGAUACCGAGGGAGCCUGCAAUGUGCUCUAUGCCUUUGAUGUCAAUAACCACAAAUGGUUUACUCCAAGAAUAUCAGGUACAGUACCUGGAGCAAGAGAUGGCCAUUCAGCCUGCGUUCUUGGAAAAUGCAUGUAUAUCUUUGGAGGAUAUGAACAACUAGCUGACUGUUUUUCAAAUGACAUCCAUAAACUUGACACCACUACAAUGGUUUGGACUUUGAUCAGUGCCAAGGGUACAGCAGCUCGUUGGAGGGAUUUCCAUUCUGCCACAAUAAUUGGCACAAAAAUGUUUGUAUUUGGUGGGCGAGCUGACAGAUUUGGACCUUUUCACUCCAACAAUGAAAUAUACUGCAAUAAAAUUAAAGUUUUUGAUACUGAAAUGAAUUGUUGGUUGGAUUCCCCUGCUACUCAAAUCCUUCCUGAAGGAAGACGUAGUCACUCUGCCUUUGCCUGUAAUGGAGAAUUGUAUAUAUUUGGAGGAUACAAUGCACGCCUUGACAGACACUUUAAUGAUCUGUGGAAAUUUAACCCAGAAAGCUUUACUUGGAAGAAGAUAGAGCCAAAAGGAAAAGGUCCCUGCCCUCGUAGGAGACAGUGCUGCUGUAUGGUUGGAGACAAAAUUAUUCUUUUUGGAGGUACUAGCCCUUGUCCAGAGCAGGGAAUGGGAGACGAGUUCAACCUUAUGGAUCAUUCAGACUUAUACAUCCUGGACUUCAGUCCGAGCCUGAAAACGUUAUGUAAAAUAGCUGUCAUCCAGCAUAACUUGGAGCAGACUGGCCUUCCUCAUGACAUUAGGUGGGAGUUGACUGCCAUGACAACCAAUAGCAACAUCAGCCGACCGAUCUUUUCCUCUCAUGGAUAACUCAAGAAUAUGCAGUUGUUAUUCUCAAAGUGGCACACAUCAGAGGUGUAUACGAGGCUUUUUUUUUUUUUUUUUUUUUUAACUAAAUAUUGGAUCGAUUGUACUACAUGUUAAAGAAGUAUUGUUUUUGAAAUUCUAUGUAAAAAAAAAAAAACAAAUAUACCUAAAAGGUUUCUGUUAUUUCAUUUACAAUUCGUUAAUUACGACAAAUCAAAGCAUUUUUGGUAUAUAAAUAUUUCACACUACUGUAGCAUGUAUGGAAGUAAUUUAAGAGGUGUCACAUUGUUCAUUUCAUAUUAGAAAAAAUGUUUUUCUUAAACUGUUAACGUUCCCAGAGAUGACUUUCAACCUCCCCAUGUUUUUUUUUUUUUCCCCUUCUGCAUUUACUUGCGUUCAGAGUUAAAUAAUGUGUAAACCAGUACUUCAGUGUACUAAGGUAGAUCUGGCGUACAUUUGAUAAAAUUUAGAAAUGUUUAGAUGGAGAAGUUCUGAUCACUGUUGCCUUUGUAAUGAUGUGUUCCAGUAAUGCAUACACAAUGCCUACAUAUUGUUUUACAUACAGCCAAUAUUCUAUAUAUGUGAACAUAACAAAAUGUUUGAUUCACAAUUUGUAACUUGCUCUUGGAUGUACAGUUUAAAAUGACAAAACAUAUUGACUAAUUUAAGCAAUUUUGUUUGAAAUUCCUUUAAGGCAGAGCAGUAUUGAGAGUAAAAGAGUUUCUUCAUUCAGUGGAAUAUUUUUGCUUUAGCUAAAAUGAACAAAACACAUAUUUCUGCCAAAUGGUUAAAUAUUUUGUAUGCUUUUGUUAAUUACUUACUUCAGGCAUUCAGAGCAAAGUACUGGCCGUGCACUAAAAUGUCAGCAUCUAUGCAUGUGGCACAUGUUGAAGUGACCAGUCUGCCUUGGAUACACCUAGCUAAUGUUUUUUAAUGCAAAAUGAAAAAAAAAUGUUAUUUGAAUUUGUAUUAUUUUUUUUCUCCCUCUAUUAUCUACAGUAUUUGACAGUGAAAUGCAGUACAUUAUUACAUUUUUGUAAAAGAAAAAAAAUACAAAAUGAAUGUGAAUUUCACUGCAAGAAAUACAUUUUAUAACAAUUUUGAAUUUCUAUUGAACUAAUGCAGUGUUCCUAUUUGUAUUAUGCAGUAAAUGGUUUGUUUCCUGAGUUUACGUACAUUUUGGCCAUGGACAGUCUGUUACUGGACAUUUGCUUGAUAGUUUUACCAAAGGGACGAAUAGCUCAACUUGCCUAAUUCCUAUCUGCAUAUGUGCUGUUCAUGUUCUGCAGACCCUGGUGAGUUUAAUAGUAUAUCUGGUGGGCCCCAGUGUUGAGACUUUAAUAUUCCUGCCAAAUUUCAGCUUCAAGUUUACAAACAUUGUCUGAUGAAAGUCUUGAAGCAAAUGCUGUUACCUGACCUAUUUGUAAACAGAGGCCCUUUUGUAUAAUGAAAGAAUGCAAUUUUAUUUGACUGCAGCAAUAGUUAAUCAAUUACUGUGGCCUUUUAUUUUUAGAGCAAUAAAAAAAAAAUACUGGAAAUGUAUCCAAACUCAGCCAGAUCAUUUGCAGCUCCUUGUCUUGCUAAUAGAAUGCACAUAAAGAGGCUGGUGCCAUUCACAACACAAAGAAUUGGUCUACAAACGAGGAGCACUGCUUAAUUUAUUAUUGUCUCGCGAUAUCCACCAAUCUUUCUAAUUUAUCUGUUUAAAAUGUUCAUAUUGUAUUUACUGGAUUAUUUCUAUUAAAAAUGAUUUUCAUUGUCAA